AUGUGUAUCAAGAGCUUCACAGAGCCGGGCCAUCCGGUAUGGGAGCGUUGUGACACGGCCGGCGCCCUGCUGAGGCGGGGCUGUCCUUUGGAGCGCCUGGAGGACCCCAGAGGCUCCGUGGUCCUUCUGAGAAACCGUAACGUCACCUCCCGUCCCGAGGGCCACGGACCCCGACCCCACCACCAGCACGUCACCCAACUCCAGCCGCAGACCGUCCUGCUGCACCUCAGGCCAGGUGAGCCGCAGACCUUUGAGGUGAAGUUCAAACGUGUGGAGGACUAUCCCAUAGACCUUUACUACCUGAUGGACCUCUCCUUCUCCAUGGAGGAUGAUUUGCCCAACGUGAAGAAACUGGGGACAGACCUGAUGGAGGAGAUGAGGAACACCACCAGCGACUUCAGAAUUGGCUUCGGCGCGUUUGUGGACAAGACGGUGAUGCCGUACAUCAGCACCGCAGAGGGCUCGCUCGACAACCCGUGCAGGAGACGCGACCCCUGGCCCUGCGCGCCCCCCCCCUUCACCUUCCGCCACAUCCUGGGCCUCACUGCCAACGGGAGCCAGUUCAGCGAGCUGGUGGGGGGGCAGCGGAUCUCGGGCAACCUGGACUCGCCGGAGGGGGGUCUGGAUGCUCUGAUGCAGGCCGCCGUGUGCGAGAAACAGAUCGGGUGGAGGAACGUGACCCGGCUGCUGGUGUUCUCCACCGACGGCGGCUUCCAUUUUGCCGGCGACGGGAAGCUGGGCGGCAUCGUCCUGCCCAACGACGGAAACUGCCACCUGCACGAUAACGUGUACACCGGAGGAAACGCACAGGACUACCCUUCUGUGGCGCACGUGGCUGAGAAACUGAAACAGAAGAACAUCCAGAUUAUAUUUGCCGUGACUGAAGACGUCAAACAUUUGUACGAGGGCCUGAGAAACGUCUUCCCAAAGUGCGCAGUUGGAACCCUGUCCAACAACUCCCACAACAUCCUGCAAAUAAUAGUGGAGGCAUAUGAUGCGCUGACCUCCGAGGUCAUUUUGGAGAACAGCGAGCUGCCUCCGGGCUUCCACAUCUCGUAUGUUUCACACUGUAAGGACCAUAAGAUGAGAGACGGACAGCGGGGAAGGAGGUGCUCCAACAUCUCGGUCCAUGACGAGGUGAGCUUUAACGUGACCCUUACCGCACCUUUGUGCCAGACCGGCAUGCAGACGCCGUCACGUUUUACCAUUAAACCCCAAGGUUACAGUGAGGAGGUGGAGGUCCUGCUGAGCCCCAUAUGCGACUGCUCAUGUCAAAAGGACAAGGUCCCACCCAGCCUCUCCUGUAGCCAUGGCAACGGCACUCUGGAGUGCGGCGCGUGCAGGUGCAACGAGGGCCGCGUUGGAGCUUUAUGUGAAUGCGAUCAAGCGGACUCAAGGGAGGCGGUCGGCUUCCACCGUUGUCGCCGUGACAAUGCGACGGAGCCGUGCAACGGCCACGGAGAGUGUGUCUGUGGGAAGUGUGCAUGUCACAAGCAUGGCAGGAAUAAGCUCGGCCAUGCUUAUUACGGGAAGUACUGUGAAUGCAACGACUUCGGCUGCGAUCAGUACCGGGGACUGCGGUGCGGAGGGCACGGCAGGUGUGUGUGCGGAGUGUGUCGGUGUCUCCCGGGAUAUACAGGCAGCGCAUGCGAGUGCCCUCUCGGCACCGAGUCCUGUUUGUCCCCGGACGGACAGGUAUGCGCCGGUAGAGGGCUCUGCCACUGCGGUACCUGCACCUGUUGGGACAGACGUUUCCACGGCCCGACCUGUGACCUAUGCCCCUCCUGUCCUAGCCUCUGCACGCUCCACAGGGAAUGUGUCCUGUGUAAAGCCUUCUCCCAGGGCUUGACACGGGAGUGUGACAUGAAUUGUGCUCACCUGAACCUCACCCUGGUGGGGGAGAUAGAUGCACUGGCCCUCGUACCUGCGACUACUGGUCCUCACAGAUGUAGAGAGAGGGACAUGGAAGGCUGCUGGAUACACUUUCUGAUUCAGACGGGCCAAAAGGAGGGCUCUGCCCAUGCUCAUGUCGCCUUCAAAAGAGAGUGUCUGCCAGGUCCUGACGUGGUUCUGAUCACCGCAGCGGCAUCGGCCUCGGUGGUGGUGCUGGGUGUGGCUUUUCUGCUGCUAUGGAAACUAGUCAUCAGCAUCCAUGACCGCAGGGAGUUCGCCCGCUUCCAGAGCGAGCUGGAGAGAAGGCGCUGGAAUAGGAGGGACAACCCGAUCUACAAGAGCGCCAUCACAACUACCGUGAACCCGAAGUAUAAAGAACACUGAUGGAGGAAACGGGACGAGAUGUAACACCCCGGUUCAUGCAGGGUCCCUGCUGUGCAGCACAAUGGAACAACAUCCUCUACCUGAACUGUUGUCAGUAGUAGGUCCUAUAUGCCACAGCGACGUGGGAAGGGAUGUUGAUGUCUGGCUCGCUCGUCUUUGUUACUAAAUAGGCUAUUCCAGAUCAUCUGUCUCCAGCACUUCCCUUUCACACAUGCAUGCAAUAUGGCACACAAAUUCAAACAGCAGUCCGCCAGUUAACUGCCUCUAUUAUAAGACGAGUUGUCUGCUGAGCGUGUGGAAAAAAUUAACAUUCCUACGUUAAUGUUUUGCUCAGUCGGUGAAUAUAUAGAAGCGGAUCAUGUUGUCAGUCAUCUUUUUUGAAUAAAAGAACAAAAAA